CGCUAAACAUAUCAUCACUCCCAAAAACCCUAAACCAAAUCCCCCCCCCCCUCCCCCCAAAAAAAAAUGCCACCAAAAGCAUCGAAAUCCAAAGAAGCACCGGCAGAGAGGCCGAUUCUUGGCCGAUUCUCGUCGCACCUCAAGAUCGGCAUUGUUGGAUUGCCGAAUGUAGGGAAAUCUACCCUUUUUAAUACUCUGACGAAGCUGUCAAUACCGGCUGAAAACUUCCCGUUUUGCACCAUUGAGCCUAAUGAGGCUAGGGUUAAUAUUCCUGAUGAGAGAUUCGAGUGGCUCUGCCAGCUGUUUAAGCCGAAAAGCGAGGUUUCAGCAUUCUUGGAGAUUCAUGAUAUAGCUGGAUUGGUUAGAGGUGCACAUCAAGGUCAAGGAUUGGGGAACAGUUUCUUAUCUCACAUUCGUGCUGUUGAUGGCAUUUUUCAUGUUUUGCGAGCAUUUGAGGAUCCUGAUAUUAUCCAUGUUGACGACAUUGUGGAUCCCGUUAGAGAUCUUGAAGUUAUUAGUGCAGAGCUACGACUGAAGGAUAUUGAGUUCAUAGAGAGGAGGAUAGAGGAUGUUGAGAAGAGCAUGAAGAGGAGCAAUGAUAAGCAGUUAAAAAUAGAGCUGGAGUUGUGUCAAAAGGUCAAGGCUUGGCUUGAGGAAGAGAAAGAUGUCCGUUUAGGAGAAUGGAAAGCUGCUGAUAUCGAGAUAUUGAAUACUUUUCAGUUGCUUACUGCCAAGCCAGUUGUCUACUUGAUUAACAUGAAUGAAAAGGAUUACCAAAGAAAGAAGAACAAGUUUUUGCCCAAGAUACAUGCAUGGGUGCAGGAACAUGGCGGUGAAACCAUUAUUCCUUUCAGCUGUAUAUUAGAGAGAACUCUUGCUGAUAUGCUACCAGAUGAAGCAGCUAAGUAUUGCGAGGAGAACAAGUUACAAAGUUGCCUUCCAAAGAUCAUAAAGAUUGGAUUUUCAGCAAUUAAUCUAAUUUACUUUUUCACUGCUGGCCCUGACGAGGUGAAAUGUUGGCAAAUCAGACGACAGACAAAAGCCCCCCAAGCUGCAGGGACUAUCCAUACUGAUUUUGAAAGAGGAUUUAUAUGUGCUGAGGUCAUGAAAUUCGAUGAUCUGAAGGAGCUUGGUAGUGAGUCAGCUGUUAAGGCUGCUGGGAAGUAUAAGCAGGAGGGGAAGACAUACGUUGUCCAAGAUGGAGACAUAAUAUUCUUCAAGUUCAAUGUGUCUGGGGGUGGAAAGAAGUGAGAUUUUAUCCUUCAAAUCUUCCACUGCAAUGAUUGAUGUAUUUUUGGUGGCUAUGCUAGAAAUUUGGUUGGUGCUUGGAAAAAACACUUGAUUUGAGCGGUCAUUUAUGUGACUGUAAAAUCACAACAUCACAGCCCAAAUCAAAUGAUUUAAGAAUUGUAAUUUAUAAUCAGAAUCAUGAGCUCUUGGAUUUAUGGUGUAUUGGCAUAUAUUUCUGUUUUGAUACAUCUAGUCGAAUAGUACCAUGGGAGGCCAUAAAAUGGGAUCAAAGAAUUCAUAGCCA